AAGUACAGUACACCAUGUCCACGAAUUCUGAAGUUGGAUACGUUGGCCCUAUGCAAACAGCUUUAUUCCCCUUUAAAACUGUCACGAUUUUCAUAAGGUGCAUCAUGCAUGGAUGCACUAAAUAGAAUGUCAGUUGGAUUCACAGCAUUCAGUAUAACCAAGGUUCGAUACCUUUAUGCACCAUACAAAUGCACCAUGUGAUGUAGAACUCAAAAUCAGUUCUUCUCUUAUUUUAUUUUCAAGCAAGAUUGUACAACAAUGCUAACUGUACAUUUUUUCAUGUGUGAGCCCUUCUUCCAUCUGUUACACUCAUGAUACAUAGAAUACACAUGUCUUCGCUUCACCAAUUAUAACACAGAUAUAAUUGCGCGUCGCAUAUCACAAACAACAUUGUUUUCUUUUGCUCCAUGAGACCAUGAUACAAAUUACUGGAUCAGCUUCUCCAGCUCCAUCUUCUAUCCUCUGAUCCCUGAACUGCAGCAGAUUGCUUGGCUUCAAGGACUUCUCAUAAUCCUGAAUGGACUUGAACAGCUCGGAGAAGUUGCCUUUGCCGAACCCGCCACAGCCACCCUUCUGGUACUCUUCCCCUCUCUCGUCCUUCUCCAUGCACCCGAUCCUUUGGAUCAUCUCCAGGAACAACGUUGGCCUGAACAUAAUAGUUGAUGCAGUUAGAUUUGGAAUCACGGGGAGUAGAGCAAAGAAGCAGCUUGAAUUUAUUAUCCGGGUCUUGGAGAACAUUGCAAGCCUGCUUCUACCAUUUGUGUACUGUGCCAGUAGGUCUCCUGAUGCUGCGAGAUGGGUCAAGCUAGAUCAGCUACUAGACGCUAUGCUGACGAACAAGGUCGGCAGGACGGCGUCCACGUUGCAAGGCUCGGCUCUGUCGAGGGUGGCCGCGUCUGUCUUCACUGAGAUUCAGUCGCUGCAGGAUCUCCGAAGGACAUUUCUCGGUUCCACGAGCGUGUUGUUUCACCAUGCCCCGAUAUUCGGGUUGAUAUGUGGGCUGGUUGGAUUUGACAGCGAGACAACGCAGCGUGCUUACAUGUUUGUGGCAAUGAGGGAUGUGAUCUCCGCCGCGACGAGGCUCAAUCUGAUAGGACCGCUUGCUGCUUCGGUUCUGCAGCACCAGGUUGCGCCUGAUGCCGAGAAGAUGCUGCAAAAGUGGAGGGACCGUGAUGUCUCUGAAGCAUCACAGACUGCGCCGCUGCUUGACGCGUUGCAAGGCUGCCAUGCUUACAUGUUCUCUAGGCUGUUUUGCUCUUGACAGUGAGGUUGCUGAAUGCAGUUUGGUGUACUUCUGUUCACAGUUUUACCCUGGAGAAGUAGAAGAUUACUAGCUUUUCCUAAAGAAAAAUGGCAUCAGAAGAUUGCAAGCAUCUCGAGGACAGAUCCCAGUAUGAUUAUUUAUUAUACUUGCAGGCAAGAUUUUACAACAAUGCCAAUAACCCAAUAGUACAUUAUGUUCAUGUGUGAGCCCCCUCUACCAUCUAUUACACCAUCAUACAUAGGAUACAUCUGUCUUCAGCUUCACCAAAUACAAAAAUGAUAUAAUUGUGUCCCAUAUUACAAAGAACAUUGUUCUCUUUUGCUCCAUGACACAAAGUACUAGAUCCGUUGCUUGAGCUCCAGAUUCUAUCUUUAAUGCAAUAACAGAUUGCUUGGCUUCAUGGGAUUUCUCAUGCUCUCCAUAGAUCUGAACAACUCGGAGAAGUUGCCUUGCCAAACCCGCCGCAGCCACCAUCCUGAUACUCUCGUCCAUCUCCAUGCGCCCGAUCCUUUGGAUCAUCCCCAAGAAUCAGGUUGGCCUGAACAUAGUAGAUAAAGAUUUGGAAUCACAGAGAGUAGAUAAAGAUAGCAAAGAUGCUGUCUGAAGUCAGUACGGCACUGAACCUCAAGUCACUGAAUUAUGAAAUACUCCCUCCUUCCCAAUAUCUAGUACCAUCUCCCGAACCCAAACUUUUUUAGAUAACUGUCAAUAAUGGUAUGUAGUACACCAUGCAACGAAUUGUGAAGUUGGAUACCUUGGCCUUUUACUAUGCAAGGAGCUUUAUCCCCCUUUAAAGCUGUCCCGAUCUUCAUAAAGAUGCAUCAUGCAUGGCUGCACUAAAAAGGGUUUCAGUUGGAUACACAUGCACCAUUUGAU